AUGGGUGAUACUGAGGAAGCCAAUAGUGAAAUGAUGCAAAGGUUGCAAUCUUCUUUUGGAACAACACAAUCAUCAUCUUCUACAACGUCUAAACAACCUUUUUCUUUAAUAAAUCAGUUAGAUGUAUCUCAAUUGAAUUUGAACCAAACCCAAAUGCGGGUGAGGCAUUUUGCGAAUUUAGCUCAGAAUUUUAAUGGUGAUAGUAACAAAAGAGUAGGGAUUCCGCCUUCUCAUCCUAAUCAGAUCCCACCCAUUUCACCUUAUUCCCAGAUCCCGCAGUCUAGGCCAGCGAACCAGCAAAUGGGUUCGCAGAAUUUUAUUCCGGGACCUACUCAUUCACGAUCUUUAUCGCAGCCAUCAUCUUUUUUCUGCCUUGAUUCCUUGCCACCAUUGAGUCCAGCCCCUUUUCGUGACUCCUCUUCGACGUCGGUUUCAGACCCUAUUUCAAAUGAUGUGGCCAUGGAGGAUAAGGAUGGUAGCUCUCAUUCCUUGUUGCCACCUUCGCCGUUUAACAGGGGCGGUGCUCCAAGGGCUGGUGAGACUUUGCCUCCACGGAAAGCACAUAGAAGGUCUAACAGUGAUAUUCCAUUUGGACUUACUAAUGUGUUGCAAUCUUCGCCGUCCCUUAAUCCGUUGAGGGGUUCAGGUGGCUUGGAGCGGUCAAUGUCUGGCAGAGAGAAUUUAGGGGUGGCUAGGCCUGCUCAAUUGGUGAAAAGGGAAUGGGAGAGAGGUGGUGAAAGCAAUGCGGAGGGGAUGGGUGAGAGGAAAUCUGAAGGGGAAGUUGUGGACGAUUUGUUUUCUGCUUACAUGAAUUUGGAUAACAUUGAUGCUUUGAACUCCUCGGGGACUGAUGAGAAGAAUGGCAAUGAGAAUCGUGAGGAUUUGGAUAGUAGAGCUAGUGGAACUAAGACGAAUGGUGGUGAUAGCAGUGAUAAUGAGGCAGAAAGCAGUGUGAAUGAAAGUGGUGGUAGCCUGCCAAGAGGAGGAUUAAGUUCUUCCACAGAGAAGAGAGAGGGGAUGAAAAGGAGUGCUGGGGGUGAUAUAGCUCCUACCUCCAGACACUACAGAAGUGUGUCAAUGGAUAGUUUCAUGGGCAAAUUGAACUUCGGUGACGAGUCUCCAAAACUGCCACCUUCGCCAGGAACUCGUCCAGGACAACUAUCACCCACCAAUUCAGUAGAUGGGAAUGCUUUUAGCUUGGAGUUUGGGAAUGGUGAAUUUAGUGGCGCUGAACUGAAGAAAAUUAUGGCAAAUGAGAAACUUGCUGAGAUUGCUUUAAGUGACCCUAAACGUGCAAAGAGGAUCUUGGCGAAUCGCCAAUCAGCUGCUCGUUCCAAGGAGAGGAAGAUGAGAUAUAUUUCAGAAUUGGAACACAAGGUUCAGACUUUGCAGACGGAAGCUACCACAUUGUCUGCUCAGCUUACUCUUUUACAGAGAGAUUCUGUUGGUCUUACAAACCAGAAUAAUGAGUUGAAGUUUCGCCUCCAAGCCAUGGAGCAACAAGCACAACUCCGAGAUGCUCUAAACGAAGCAUUAACUGCUGAGGUCCGACGGUUGAAGAUUGCUAGAGCAGAGCGGGGUGGGGAAUCUGACCCUUCAAAGGGCAUGGUUCAGCAGCAGCUUUCCAUCAAUCCUCAGAUGUUCCUGCAGCAGCCACGACCUUCUCAACUUAACAUUCAUCAAUUGCAGCAGCAGCAGCAGCAGCAACCAUCAGGCUCCCAAAUCAACAUGCAUCAGUUACAACAGCAGCAGCAGUCCUCCCAGCCACAGCCUCAACAAAAUGGCAAUACUACCUCAAAGCCAGAUUCAAAUUAG